UUUUGCCAGCAGGAUCAGACGCUACCGGAAAAAACACAGAUUUUGUAUUCUGAUGCAGUCGCUUGCUCAAGCAACAUAAAUGGCUCCGUCCACCCACGCCUAGUCAGUUCUCUAAACUCUGCCUGAACGUGCUCCGGAGAGAAAAACGCCCUCUCACUUAAAAUUUUUCUUUUUUUAAAAUAAGUGUGUAUAUAACUGCUGAUGGCGAGUAAAUCCUGGCUUACUCCUCAAGUGACACUGGUGCUGCUCUUAAUUACUUGGAGGGAGAGCAUGUAUUGCAGUGGAGUUACAGUGGAUCCUCCUGAGGACAUUGUGAUAUUAGACCCUGGUCAUCUUGGACAUCUUGUGAUUACAUGGAACAUCCCAGCAAGCUUGAUUAAUAUGAGAGAGUGCCCAAAACAGUAUCAGCUGGAGUACUUCGACACAUACAGGGACAGAUGGACUACUAUUAGGACCGCCAGGAGAACAUACAGUGCUCAGUUUGAUCUGACAAAAGAUGUUAGAGUGAGAUUGUACACCUUGCUGAGUGGACCCUGCACCAAUGGCACUAUGAUCAAGAGUACGAGCUACACUGAACUGGUCCAGAAACCUACUAACACAGGUGUUGUGGGUACAGCAGUUCAGGAUUUUGUCUGUGUGUACCAUAACAUGAACUACAUGAUGUGCAAUUGGGAAAGAAGCCCGAAGAUGCUGGCCGACUCACAGCAAAAUCUUUUUUUCUGGCACGGGGAACUGGAACAGGUAGAGGAAUGCCCAAGAUAUGUUAUUUCGAGUGGAGUCAGGAAGGGCUGCAACUUCACAGGGAUAUCGCUCCCUGAUUUUACUGAUAUAAUCUUCUGUGUAAAUGGCACAUCUCCUGAAGGGCCCCUGAUACCAACAUUCAUCUCCCUGCAAAUUCAAAACUACGUAAAGCCUGAAAUCACGGAGAAAGUAAUUCUGCAAACAGGUCCAGACAUGCAGCUGGAACUAAACUGGGACCGUCCUGUUGGCAGUGUUCCUGGACACUGCCUAAAAUGGGAGGUGGAACGCUAUCAAGAGGGACCUGAUGGAAAAACCGCACCGGUUUAUGUUAUAACCGAACAGAUGAGCCUAACUCUGCCCUACAUCCACGACAAAGAGAAAAACUGCUUCAGGGUUCGGUCCAAAUUGCAAAAGUAUUGUGCAGACAAAAGCUUUUGGAGUGAGUGGAGUCGUCCAGCAUGCCACCCAGCCACAUCAGCAAUCAGUCACAUCAACUUUGUGGAUUCCCGGCUUGAAGACUCCGAUGCCAUAAAAUGACACACAUGAUGCCAAGUUCUGGUCCUUUGGAGAGAGAGAUGAAGGAUCGUCUUCUAUUUAGGCUUCAGAGAGUUUUGACAACAUCCUGAACAAAAGGAAAAUGUUGCAAUAAUUGUCAGUGGCUUAAAAUAAUAAAUGUACAAAAAGUAAAUAUUUUGAACAUCAAACAAUAGACCUCUAGUAUCUAACUUGGUUAAUUUAAAUUUCUUGGUCAGUAAGUAGGGUCCUGCCUUAUAUUAGGCUUUAUUAGUUUUUGUUGAGUGUUACAUUAUACUUAGAUUGCUCUAUUUUAAAAUACAUUUUCAUAUUGAAAAAGUACAUGUAUGUAAGUACAGUAAUAAGCGUACUGGGCCCUCAUGAGACGUAGGCUAACUUCUCAUUAACCAGGCGCACCCCCAGAAAUUUUUCAUAGGGGUGGACCCCCCCGGCCCCCCUUUCACGGAACCCCUGUGAAGAUACAAAGUGCUCUUUGCAAGUUUAGGUUACAAAUAUCUACGAAUGUGGCAUGAACCAAAGGUACUGUUACUGAAGUUAUUUAACUGACUGAGGCACCUUGAUGAUAAACUAAACAGUCACGACUUUGUUGUGGCUGGUCGUGACUCACACAGUCUGUCUACAAGGUAUCGUUUUGUCUUUUUUUCACCACCAAAGAGUGGGAGUUGGCCACAACAUCUGCAGUGACUCAGAUUUGUGAGAAAAAAUUUUUUUUCUGCAUUAACGCCUUUCUACUUUAUGAGAGAUACUUUUUCAUGGGAAAAAAAACAAAAAGUAAAACAAAGCCCCUGAGCCAAACCCAAAUCCUGUAUCCAGCCUCAAGCAAGCUCCAGUAGACUCAUGCAGGGCUCUGUCUCCCCUCUUCACUCCCUGCAACUCCACUUAAGUAUGGGGAUAUUUCCCUAUUUUUAGGGGGGGGGGUCUCAGAGCGAGGACUUACUCAAAACACAUCCAUUAUUACAAGCCUGUACGCCUACUUGUUUUAUGUCAGCACAUAUAAGCACAUAUCACAUCCAUCCUUUUAGACAUGAUGACUGCAUAACAUGGCUGUAAAUACAAUUCAGCACCAAAAUUGAGCAGGUCCAGCGGCUCCAGUGCAAAUGGUUCAGAGCGGGUCUUUUUUUCAUUUCCGAUGUCUGAUUUAAAUUGACGUUUAAGACAUAACGCCCCCACGCUUCAAUGGUGAGGACAAGAAUUGCAUGCAGGCCGGUAUCUUUAUUAAAGUGAAAUAGUGAUGCGUAAUGCGCAAAUCAUACAUUAAAAAUAGCCUAAUUUUACACAUGAUCCAUGAUUAUGACAAUACAAAAAAACAAAACAAAAAGGAAAUGCAUGGGGAAAAACAGUAUUUUGCCAAUAUUUUAGAGACCCCCCCAAAAUUUCACAAAUCAUGUUUUCAGGGGAGCUCAUGUCUCAUUAAGGGGGGCUGAGACCCCCCUGGCUCCCCUGUAGUUCGCACCCUACUACUUCGCAUACUUUUUCCCCAGAGCCACUCUGGGCAAAAAGUAGUAUCUCUCUCUUAUGACGUAGAAAAAAAGCGUUAAUUAAAAAAAAAAAAAAAAUUCUCACAAAUCUGUGAGUCCCUGGGGUGAGGGUUAGGGGGGACCGUGUUGUCCCGCGAUCCGCUAGGCUCGGUCCUGAACCAUGAAGGUGAACUUGUUUUCCUGUCUAGCGGAAGCCGCUCUGCUAUAAGGCUACUACAAAACAAAACGUAAAAAAAAACCCAGUAUCUAGUUAUAAAGCAAAAACUAUAAUAGUCCCUUUAUUCCAAAAGUUUUAGGCUAUAAAAAGCAAGAGAAGUAUAUUAAAUAAAGCAACAGAGGGCGGGGUUCAACACUGGCCUGGGAACGCCUCGGGAUCCCCCAGUCAGAGUUGGCCGAUGUGGCCAGGGAAAGGGAAGUUUGGGGUCCUCUGCUGGACUUGCUACACCCGCGACCCGAUCCCGGAUAAACGGAUGUAGAUGAGAUGAGAUGAGAUGAGGGCGGGAGUGGAUGAACUCAGUUAAAGAGUAACACCGCCCGUACGAGACGCUCUAAUAGUAAAGCGAACGCGUCCGCAACGAGCCUGGUUUCCUAUUGGGGGAUUUUGACAGGGUCAUUACUGUCAGUGGUCAUGGCACCGAGGAUCCAACAGCAGGGGCUGUUAGAGUGCGAAGUUUUAAAGGAAAGCAUUUUACAAAUCUGCACGUGAAAUCAAUAAAAGACCACGCUCCUGAAUGAAGAUAGGGAUAUACCCCCCCCCAUAAGAACAGGGACUGUGGGCUCACCAUUAAGCACUUCUGUGUGCACUGUGAAAGCACCCGAUACACAUCGCAGAGAGUGGAAGGAAGGGAAGGGGGGGGGGUGUUGUCAAUACAGGUCCUGUGACUCAUUUUUUGUAACUUUUGGAAGUCCACCAAUACUGGAAUAACUCAUUCUUUUGUUGGUUUAAUUUUUACUCGCUGAUUUCUUGCCAAAUUCUUGUAAAAAAUCUGUUUAUUUCAACACUGAAGAAGUGGACUGAAAGUAUCUGUAGAUUCAUGUAGAUAAAUGAAACUGUCAUUUGGCAUUGAAGCUACACAAUGUUUUUGCACAAUAAAAUGUCUGAUCAAACUG